UUGCAAAUACCUAACGUGUGCAUGAAGUUUCUACGGCGGAAUAAAAAAUACUUUAUACUGAACACUUUUUAUUAUUGUGUAAACUACGCUGACGGCUGACUAAUUAUAUUACUCAUCUUGUACCGGAUAAGUUGCUACUGAAUAACUGAAGAAGAACGAACUCGAACGGCACAAUGUCUUUUCAAUCACCAAUGCCUAACAGAGAGUUUUUGUUUGAAAUCUUUAGAAGGGUGGACAAAGACCGUAGCGGUUACAUAUCAGCAGAUGAGUUACAGCAAGCUCUGUCAAAUGGCACAUGGAAUCCAUUUAACCCUGAAACUGUGAGGCUUAUGAUAGGCAUGUUUGAUAAGCAAAACAGAGGUGUGAUAUCAUUUGAAGACUUUGGUGCCCUCUGGAAAUAUGUGAGCGACUGGCAAAACUGUUUCAGGUCUUUUGAUCGAGACAAUUCAGGAAAUAUAGACAAAGUUGAACUUAAGAAUGCUCUUACUGCCUUUGGGUAUAGAUUGUCUGAUGAUGUAGUUAAUAUCAUGGUGCAGAAGUUCGACAGAUUUGGACGAGGAACAAUACUUUUUGAUGAUUUUAUACAAUGCUGCGUCACAUUAUAUACAUUGACUUCUGCAUUCCGACAGUAUGAUACGGAUCAAGAUGGAGUAAUCACUAUACACUAUGAGCAAUUCCUGAAAAUGGUGUUUGGACUGAAGUGCUGGCCGUAGUUGGUGCUCCUCGACUUGUCCGGUAACUGUACAAAAUCCUUCACCUCUAAUGAUAAAACCACUAUGCAUCCUUCGGGCGUUUUUGGAGUCAUAUAGAGAUUUCAGAUUACACAUAUUGUUUGGGAUUAUUUUUAUAUAAGUUUUGUGUUUUCGUGGUUAACGGUUGACAUGAAGUUGAAUUUAUAUUUAUGUAUUGUAAUUUGUAAUGGCCAAACCCGCAUUCUGGAACAAAUCUAAAUGACUCUAAAACCGUCUCAGGACCUGAGCACAUGACGACUUUAAACAUAAAAUAUUAUAAAUUAGCUGAUUCAGAAUAUCCAAAUUAUGCGUAAACUGACUUUAAAUGAAAGCGUAUUAAAACGUCAUAUGCUAAGGCCCGUCAUAGAACAAACUAAGCAUGCUACUUGCAUUUAAUUCUAUUUAGAUAAUACUAUUUUUACUCCCCUAUAGAACAUAUUGUAGAUAAGAUUUUAUCUGGAAGUUGGAACAUUCCUUAUUUAUCUUUGAAAUCUAUCUGUUACUCACUGUUUAAGUAUUUUUAUUGGUAUGAAGGUAAGCAUUUUUCAUUACUUUAGACUUUUCAAUAAUAAUUUGAAGUAUAGGUAAAGGAGUGAGCUCACUGAGACG